AUGGCCAGUGAGAGGAACGGAUACCGCCGCCGCCUGCAGGUGGAGGAGCGCGGCGGGCCGCCGGACGCCGCCGCCGAGGAGGCGCCGCCCGCCGAGGAGGCGCCGCCGCCGGCCCUGGACAGCGGCGCCGAUGGCGAGCUGAGCGCCAAGCUGCAGCGCCGCUCCGAGCUCAACGACCCGGCGGCGUCCCCGCAGCACUCCCCGGGCGGCGCCCGCCGCGUCUUCAGCCCCUACGCCGAGUUCCGCGAGUUCUCCCGGCGGCAGAUCAAGGACAUGGAGCGCCUCUUCCGCGAGUACGACACCGGGAAGGACGGCUUCAUCGACCUGAUGGAGCUGAAGCUGAUGAUGGAGAAGCUCGAGGCUCCCCAGACGCACCUCGGCUUGAAAAACAUGAUCAAAGAGGUGGACGAAGACUUCGAUGGCAAGCUGAGCUUCCGAGAGUUCCUCCUGAUCUUCCGCAAAGCCGCUGCAGGCGAGUUGGAGGAGGACAGCGGCCUGCACGCCUUAGCCCGUCUGUCGGAGAUCGACGUCUCAACGGAGGGUGUCAAAGGAGCCAAAAACUUUUUCGAGGCCAAAGUACAAGCCAUGAACGUCACCAGUCGCUUCGAAGAGGAGAUCAAGGCGGAGCAGGAGGAGAAGCGCCGGCAAGCGGAGGAGCUGAAGCAGCGGAAGGCGGCGUUUAAGGAGCUCCAGUCGGCGUUCAAGCAGUGACGGGGCGAGGCGGGCAGAGCCCACGAGGCCCGGGUAAAGUCGGACGUGGGGCGAGGCGCGUGGCUGCCCGCCCCCACCGCGUGCCUUGAGCAGCCGCUCGAUCUGCCAGCGAGGAGCCUCGCUUCCAGUGCUGCGAAAGGCUUCUGCCCGCUGCAGAUCGAGCGGCCGUUGAAGGCACAGGAGCAGGCCGGUAGGGCAUUUCUGGUCGGUUGGCGACCCCACACGGUUCACGCUGGGACGGCUGCGGGAGAGGACUGUGUGCGACCCAGGGUGGUGCUGUUUCCCCCGACCUGUGAAUGCUGCAGGGGGAGAUUCGGAGCGCCUCUGCCGUGUUGCGCGGUCCCAUGUUCUCCCUCGGAGCGGGGUCUCCCGUCCCCCGGCGGGCGUCCUCUCUUCGUGACCACUUCAUGUGUCCCGGGCUUUGCACGUCCUGCUCGUGAAUCAUUUCUGUGUGAUGCUUUACUGUGGCCAUGUGGUGACCUGUGGGGAGCUCCGGGGGUCCCCUGGGACCCAUCUCCAGUGACCUUUUCUUGUGCAAGAAUUUGGCUUUCCAAUGAAAAUGCUUGAAUGGAGCGCUUUAGGGGCCCUUUGCUCCGAGCUCUGCCCCCAGAAUGGGGCAGGACAGGUGUGAGUACUGCAGGUUAGACCGCUUUGUGGCUUGGAAUCCCAGGAUGUUCCCCUCACGUUGUGGUGUCUCCUCCCAUUUUCCUUGACCCCCCCCCCUUAGUUGUGGCAACUGAACUGCCUGCUAUGGCCUGGUUGAGGGACCCCCAAACUUUAUGGGCACAUUUGCAAUGGUGAAAGAGUACUGUGGGUGCUUUCACAAAAUGGCUGCCCCCAGGCUGGCUUGUCCAUUCCUAAAAUGGCGGCCGUGGUAGGCGCGGCCAGUCACAAAACACUCAUUUCCCAAAAAACUACGUGGUGAGUCUCAGAAAUCACUUGCCCAAGAGCCAAGGAAGAGGCGGGAUUUGAAGUCCCCUGUACACAAACCAACGCAGUGUUUGAUCUGAUCCCAAAUGGAGCUGGGAGGGGCCGGUUUUGUGGGAGCUUGGCCGCCACCUAGUUGGAAAAGACUGUGAAAAAUCUUAAGACGUGGAAUGAAGACCGGGGUGGCGGGAAUAUAGGAGGCUCUCCCCGAGUCAUUUAUGGGCACUUCGGGGGAAGCGAACUGCAGAGCCCGAGUCUGGACGCUGGACCAGACGUGUGCGAAGUCCCCAUGCGACGCUGCGCCACCGAAGGUGCCUCGAGCUGUUCUGGAGUGAUUUAUCCCGGUCCCUCAUCCAGUUCUGGGCUGUCGGGAUGGUGCCGGUGCAAGGCCAGCGUUUUCUCCUAUCUGUGGGGCCGGCGUUGCAUUUGCUCCCCCUAGAGGACAGGAGUAGGCACUGCAUGUGUUCCUCGAGCUCCCAGUACUAACUUCGGGGCAUCCAAACGAAGACUCCCAUCCAAAGGGGCCCUCCACAUCUCCUGUCCUGAAGUGCACACAUUCACUUCUGUGGAACAAGGAGAGGCACAGCGGCUGCACAAUUCUGACAUCUUGCCCAAAAGAACCGUGCGGCGAGGAGAGGUGUGUGUCCCCUGGAGGCUUUUCCCGUUCACUUUAGGGAUGUGCGAGUCAGCAGCCCCCGAGUUCACCAAAGUUGUCUGAAUUCUCCAAGCUUUUUUUAUCUUUUCUCUUCCCGUGAAAAUCCAUGCCUGCUUUUGUGCACCUCGUUCCCAAGUCAUGCCUCGGCUGCGCACAUCCUGAGAGCAGACUUUUCCAGAUGUACAUGCGGUCAGGUGCUUUUUGUCUCCGUGAGCGACACGGUAAGCUUGGAAAUGUGCAGACGUGGGCUGCAGGUUGCGUCCGAGUCUGUGCUUGGCCCAAAAGGUUUGGGUGGGUAAGGCCUGAGACUGAUUUCCCAGGUUGCCCUGCCGUUGCCAAAAUCAGCUUUCCUUCCAUUUGGUUCCUUCACUAGCUUCUUGCUCAGAUCUUGGCACCUACUUGAAACGGCCCAUUUGCCAGGUUAAGGACAACUGUUUGGGUAAAAGGCAGUAGAGCAGUGGAUGCUUUUGGUGUCGUGGGCCCUUGAUUGCGGGAGGCAGGAUUCGGUUUGCACAGAAUCAGUUCUUGGCAAACUUGAUGUUGCGUAAUGUGGGUGGCAGCAUCUAGUUGAAAAUCCGCCCCGUCGUGGGUGACGUGGGACCGAGGAUGCUGGAGGCCGGGUUCAGCUCUCGCCUGUUGGUCUGUGUUUCUGUCAAGGCAAUAACCGGAAGUGCUGGAGCUGUGAACAUCCUGGUGGAAAGUGUAAAGGGGCAGGGGACACUAAAUUAACAGGAUAAAACAUGUUUUGCUCCUCUGUGUUUUGAGCAAAUCCACCUGAACCCGGACCUUGCAGGUGAAACUUCCAGAAUUAAUGUUUGCAGUUCUUUUCGUAUUCCGUCUAUGUUGAAUGUUUGGCCUUAAGUGCUUUGAAAUGUGUAUCUGGAUGUUGAUCUUUUUGCAUGCACUGUGAUCUUAACAGAAAGGGACAACUCCACGCUCCCUGGUCUCAUAACAGGAAACCUCAGAAUGUUUGACGGGGGAAUCAUUCUGUAUGUGCUUCUUUGCUCAGAGUCUCGCUCGCAGAGAAAACAGCUGUCCUGGCCUGCCCUGAAAGGUCCUUCUGUGUUAAGGCCCCUUGUGCGACAGGGCCUUUUGGUCACUUUGAAUAUCCCCCUCCCAAGAACUUGGAAGAGGUGGGUGUAACCGCAAGAAAGCCCCUUGCAACUUGCAGCUGUUAGCCGUGGCAGCUCCGUAUCUCCGUGCUUUGAAAAAUGUCACCCGCUUAUUGUGCAGAACACCUUCAAAGCACCAGAGCGGGUUGGGCGAAGUUUUUUUGGAUAAGUUGGCAACCCUAAGGAAAGCUUUUUCUUAGAGACCCAGGAGUGCAUACAUGUCUGGUGUGUUGGACUACAACCCCCUGUGUUGGCUGGUGGAUUAUGGGAGUUGUAGUCCUGCACGCCUGGAGGGGGCUAGGUUGAGGAAGAUUGUUUUAGGGAGUAAACUCCCUGAGAAAAGUGGAGCUUUUAACAGUGUAUUUUGUCACAUGCUGCCAGCUAGUAGCCGCUCUGCUGCGUUUCCAGUUUUUUGCUCUCUUUCCCUGGGAGACUUGAAAUUGCUCUGUUACUUCCCAUGCAAACCUUUUAUUUUUCUGAGGGAAAGAUUUAUAGAGUUCCAUUAACUGUUUUCCAGAAGGUUGGUUUAUUUUUUCAGAUUGUGUUCCUUCGGGGUUGGAGGGGCCACUGGAGUGGGUUGGGAAAGCAGAAUGCGGAAUCUCCCCUUCCAUUCUUCAAAGGAUUUGCUCCCAACAUGUCUGUGGAUGGAUUUAAAAUGUGUGUCUUUUUGCUUUCAAUUCCAAAAAGCUGCUCCAUUUCAGCGGUAUGAUUUUAUUUUUUUUAACCAAGAAUAAUUAAAACAAAAUUAUAUUUCAUAAGCA